AGAAGUAAUGCAUGUUCUUGUUAAAUAUGUCUCACUUGAAAGAGAAAUUUCUGAGACUUUAUAACAGCUCCCUACCCAACACUGGCCCGGUGGGAGCUCCAGUAUCUAAACUAGGAAAGAACUCACGUGGUCUAGUGUCAAAGGAAGAACCCAGUCCCCAGCGGAAGAGGCGGAACCCACUUGAUUCUGGCCCUUUUAUUGGCCACGCAGCCAGGAGGCUGAGCCUUGAUCACCACCAAUGAGUGGUUGAAACUUCUGGUGACGUAACCUAACGUCGCGGUGGUGGCGUGCGACGAUCUACGUACACUGGUUCCACAGGGGCGCAGACGUCCUGCUUCCGGCCAAUCAAAAGAGAAGCCGGCUCCCGGCAAUUCCUCGCGCCUCCCCGCCUCUUUCGCUUCCCUGGCGCUAAGGCCCGCCUCCCAGCUGCUGACCAAUCCUCUUCAUGUUCCGUGGCGCGUUUACCCAAUCAGAGAGGUAGAGGGUGGAGUUCCGGUUGUGUGCUCCUCGCUGUGCCGGAGCUCUUGUUCCCUGCGGCGCCGCUUGUGAUCUGGUAGCUGAGAUAUUUACUACCGUUAGAUGCCACUCCCGAUAUGGAGAAGAUUGAAGAACAGUUUGCUAAUCUGAACAUUGUUAAACGUUCUUCAGGAACUGAAGAGCCUACUUAUCUGCUUGACAUAGACACAUCCAAGACUGUACCAGCAGAAAAAGGAACCUUGGUUGCUGUUUUAUGUUCUAAUGGGUUAAUCAGAAUAUAUGAUAAAGAAAGGUUAAACAUAGUACGAGAAUUUGGUGGAAAUCCUGGACAUCUUAAUGGCGUUAAAUUUGCAAAUUCUUAUGACAUUGUAUAUUCAUCGUGUACUGAUAGCACAGUAAAAGGUUGGGAUGCUCGAUUAGCCAGUGAAAAGCCUGUCCAGCUUUUCAAGGGUUAUGCUUCCAAUAUUUUUAUCAGUUUUGAUAUCAGCUGUAAUGAUCAUGUCAUUUGUGCUGGUACAGAAAAAGUUGAUGAUGAUGCAUUGAUGGUAUUUUGGGAUGCAAGAAUGAAUUCUCAAGAUUUGUCUACUACUAAAGACCCACUUGGUGCAUACUCAGAAACACAUAGUGAUGAUAUCACUCAAGUAUGUUUCCAUCCCAGCAAUCCCAACAUGGUAGUCUCAGGUUCUACAGAUGGCCUGGUAAAUGUAUUUGAUGUUAGUGCCGAUAACGAAGAAGAUGCGCUGGUUACGACUUGUAACUCAGUUUCUUCAGUUAGCUGUAUUGGUUGGUCUGGGAAAGAUUAUAAACAGAUAUACUGCAUGACACACGAUGAAGGGUUUUGUUGGUGGGAUCUUAAUCAUCUGGAUACUGAUGAAUCAAUUACACGUUUGAACGUCCAGGAUGUCAGAGAAGUAAUUGAUAUGAAAGGAGGUGUUUUGGACUAUUUGAUUGGUGGCCUAUAUCAUGAAAAGAUGGACAAAUUAUUUAUUGUUGGAGGAACAAACACAGGAAUUAUUCACUUAAUGGGCUGUACUACAUCAGGAUUGAGCCACGUGACCAGCCUUCAGGGAGGGCAUGCUGCUACAGUCCGUUCGUUCUUUUGGGAUAUGCAGGAUGAUUCUUUGCUGACUGGAGGAGAAGAUGCACAGUUGUUACUUUGGAAACCAGGAGCAAUAGAGAAGAAAUUUACAAAGAAAGACAACAUGAAAAUAGCAUCCUCUGUGUACCAGCGAGUUCGAACUCACAGUAACGACUCUUACAAGAGAAGGAAAAAGCAGUGAUACUACAUUGAGAGUUUACCUGUUAGACUUUAUAGUUGCAAAUAAUUAUUUUUGUGUACUACCUGUGGGAACAUGUUUAAAUAUGUAAAAACAAGCCAGUUAGCAAAACAGUCUUGGAAAAAUGUUGAGAAUGGUUUAAUUCAAUCUUCACAUAUUCUAAAAUUAUUUUUUUAAGGCACCAGUUGACUAUAUAAUCAGUGAAUUGAAAGUAAAAUUACUUUCUUCAUUUCUAAAACCCAUCUGUUGAGUUAGUAAAUGUUGGGUUUUAAAAAAUAGCUUUGAUAAGGAUUUUUUAGAAGUAGAUUUGGUGUGACUU